AUGAAGGCUAAUAUUUCGCUCAGCGAUCACCGUGUCAGGAUAGCACCCGUGCUGAUGAAAUUUCCACAAACGACCGUGUAUUGGGCUGAUAUAGUCAUCAAGAAGAUAUUUUUCCUGAAGCUAUUUUACGCUUUCGUGUUCUGGCUGGUGAUUCACAAGGCCGGCUAUUUCCUGUCAUGGUUCGUGAGCUACCUCAAGGAGAAGAAGAACGAGCACCACGAGUACCACGAUCACCAUGACCAUUACUCUCCUCACCAGUACUAUGAAUACGGCCCUCCAGGCAGCUACGGUCCCCCUGGACAUUACGUACCGUACAGAAGACAGAGUCACGGAGUG